AUGUACGAUAUAUCAAUGUAUGGCACAGAUAAGAAGAAUUUAACUAGAAAGGAACGUAUGAAACGACGUGCCAGGAAAAUGAUCAAAGCUGGCCUCAAGGAGGAUGAAUGCUACUGUUGUUCGUUGGAAGGUUCACCGACAACAGCGUGCAUAAUCAUCGCUGGAAUAGUCUUCCUUAUCAUCUUUUGUUUGAUAAUGUUUGCAGUAUUGAGUGCUGGUGUUGAUUUCGAGGCAACAUUUACGGAACCUGGCAUGCAAUUUUGA